UCGUGUUCCGGAAACGCGUUCGGCAUUCGGAACGAGAAAGUCGAGGAACGGACCGAACCUCUUUGCUCUUGUCCUGAUUCGUCCCCGAUCGAAGACAGCCCUUGCGAAAACCCAAUUUCGGCUGCGAAUUCAGCUCUUUCUUGCAAAAUGAGUUUGCUGAAGAAUUCCGCUCGUUUGGUGCAGUCCGUCAGACGGAUUUCCUCUUCCAGCGUGAGGAGCGAGAAGAUCCAGUACUCGCCCGUCGACCCCAAGUUUAAGGCCCUCCAAGAGCACUUCCAGAUUCCCGACGGCACUCUGAUCCACGUCAAGGGUGGCUUCACGGACCAGCUGCUGUACCGCACCACCGUUUUCCUCACCCUGAUCGGCAUCGGAAUGGUCGGCAACCUCAUCUACAAACUCAGCUUCCCCAAGAAGGCUUAGAUAGUUUCCCCAGCCGUUGUUGAUAAUGUGUAAAUAAAAUAAUGAAGCACUUCGGUGCCCUAUAGCA